CACGGCGGCGCCCUCCGCCGUAAGGAAGAGUCCCGCAGUCUCGGGCUGGCGAACGGAGGAACAGGCAGCAGGGUGAAGCCAGGCGGCAGCGGCGGAGCGGGCUGGGGAGACGGGCGGCAGCGGCUCUGCUCGGCGCCCCCCGGAUGUGAGAGGCGACAGCCAGAGGAGCAGGAUGGGGGGCGCCUUCGGCCUGACCCUGGCGCUCUGCCACUCGCUGGGGCUCUACCUGCAGCUCGGCGCCUCUUCGCGACCCCCGCAGUGGGAGAACCAGAUCUCGGGCAACGCCUUUUUCACCGAGACCCCCCACGACAUGACCGCCCGGGCUGGCGAGGACGUGGAGAUGGCCUGUUCCUUCCGCGGCAGCAGCUCCCCUUCCUACUCGCUGGAGAUCCAGUGGUGGUACAUGCGCGCCCGUAAGGACUGGGCGGAGAAGGAGAACUGGGACGCCAACCAGCUAAAAGCAUCUCCGCAGGAAGAAGCCGGGAAGGACGCGACAAAAAUAAGCGUGGUGAAGGUGGCCGGCAGCAACAUCUCGCACAAGCUGCGCCUCUCGCGGGUCAGGCCGGCCGACGAAGGGACCUACGAGUGCCGCGUGAUCGACUUCAGCGACCGCCAGGCGCGGCACCACAAGGCGCAGGCGUACCUGCGGGUGCAGGCGGAGGACAGCGCCGCGCCGGCCGGCGGCCGCCCGCUGCAAGACGCGCCGCUGCUGCUGCUGGCCGGGCAGCUCCCCGAGCGCGGCAGGCCGGGCGCCGCCCGCGCGCCCCACCAGCCCCACCCGCCCCGCCUGGCCAAGGAGCUCAAGAAGCGCUCGCUGGACGAGGCUGCCUGCGCCCGCUAGAGCCCCGCUGCGGCCCCGCGCCCUGCCCGGACCGGACCGGAUCCACCGCCACGCCGCAGCCGCGCGGAGGAGCCCCUCGGGUGGCUGCGCCUCGGAGGGACGGGGGUCUCCCGCGCAGCGCCCCCCCGCCCGGCUCCUCUGGACGGGGGGUCUCGGUGGGGCCCGCCCCUUGGCAUUGCCCCCCCCCCCCCAGACCUCAGCCCGCCUCGGCCACCAGGAGCGGCAACCACGGAGCCCGCGGACGAUCGCUUGGAGCUGCCCUCGCCUGUAAAUAGCCCCCCGGGCUCCCCCCUGCAUCCCCAGAGCUUCGCCCGCCGAGAGGCCGAGCCCCACUUGGCGGCGUCCGGCGGCGGUGGGCGCAGGCGUUUCGCGUGAAGCAGGGACCCGGAGAUCGCGGGGCUGGGGCGCGGGG